AGGUGGGAUGCUGGAGGAGGCGGAAGGAGGCACAGGGAAGGAGGCACAGAGAUCUAUCCAUUGCGCUGUACUCGGUCUUUGGCAACUGGCAACCGGUGAAAGCUGACCGAAGCAAGCGGGAGGCAAGAGAGACUGAGGCAACGGCUGAAUAAGGCUAAUACAUAGUCUUGCUGGCUGACUUUUUUUCAAAACCACCAAGAGGCGGGGCGUGGAGUAAGUCGCAACUCGCAGGCUCGCCAACAAGUUGGUGGAGCCCACUGCAGCAGAGGAGGUUCACGCCUCCCUUCUUCGGCCCCGACACACACAUAGGCGGUAGCGCCUGCACAUUAGGUGAACGGAAGCGUUUGACGGCUCAAGGCCAAAACAGUAGCAGCAGCAGCAGCAGCAGCAGCAGCGACAGCAGCAGCAACAGCAGCAGCAACAGCAGCGGCAGGAAAUGGCGGAUGCUCCACUCCCAUCCUCGACGGACACCGACAUCCUAGGCGACUACGAACUCGGCGGCGGCGAGGGUGACGACGACAUCGACGCCGAUUUGGCAGCGGCGGCCGAGCUCGCGGCAGAGGGCGCCGAAGUCGAGGAGGCCGAUGGGAUGGCCACAACCGCCGCCGCCGCUGCCGCGGCGCUGCCGGCGGCGGCGACGGCGGUACAAACUGCUGACGGCAGCGGCAGGGCCACGGGGGCAGGAAAGGGGGGCAUCUUGAGCGGCAGCAGGCCGGCGGCCGCGGCGGCCGCCGCUAGCGGUGGGGGCUCGGCGGAGCUGAUGCCGCCGCCGCCGCCGGCGGGAGCGGUGGCGGUGGCGGCGAAGCCGGAGCCGAAGGAGGCUAACGGGAGCAGCAACGGAAGUGCCGCCGCGAGCAGCAACGGGAGCAGGAGGAGCUCGGGCUCGCGCAAGGGGGGCUCAAGUAACAAGGGUGGGGGGCGAAGCAGCCAUGGGGGGCGGUCGGAGGAUGGACCGACCACGAGUGAUAGGGACGAGCACCCGUGGAAGGUUGUGCUCGACGGUGGCGACCAAUCUAAUCGUUCCCCGACUGCGUGCGCCCCCCCGAAUGUACGGGACGCGGCGGAACGCCAAAAGGUUGGGUCUACGCUGGAGGUUAUCACUUGGAACGGAACAGACCGGAAGUUCUGCGACAUCGUUGAAACCGCCCCCAUCUCGUCUAUGUCGGACGACCCGGACCCUGCUAAGCGAACGAAGUACUACGUGCACUACCACGGGCUCAACAGACGGAUGGACGAGUGGGUCGGGGCCGACCGGGUGACCAAGCCUCCAUCAGUGGCUAAGGCGCAAGGUGGGCUUUUUUAG